AUGCAAUUCCGGGGAACGGUCGACCGGCUUGACAAGCCAAGUGCUUACUUCAACAAGCAACACAACAAGCGACGACGCACCGAGAACGGCGACGAUGAUGCACCGCCGCCGCAACCACAGGAGGAUCCUCUCGCCAACUCGACGACGCUAUAUGUCGGCAACCUGUCAUUCUACACAACCGAAGAGCAAGUCUACGAGCUCUUCUCAAAGUGUGGCGAGAUCAAGCGCCUGGUGAUGGGCCUGGACCGCUUCAACAAGACGCCCUGCGGCUUCUGCUUCGUCGAGUACUACAGCCACCAGGACGCGAUCGACUGCAUGAAGUACAUUGGCGGCACCAAGCUGGACGAGCGCGUCAUCCGCACGGACCUGGACCCUGGCUUCGAGGAGGGAAGGCAGUACGGUCGCGGCAAAUCGGGCGGCCAGGUCCGUGACGAGUACCGUGAGGACUACGAUGAGGGCCGCGGCGGUCUCGGCAGGGCAAUUCAGAUGGAGCGGGAGGCGCGCGCGAGGGAGCAGAGGGAUUCUAGGGAUGAGGAGGAGCGUGGACACUUGAGGUGA